AUGUUAAUUAUUCAUUUAUUUGUGAUUUACAUAAUUAUCUGUUUAAUAGUUUUAAUUAAACUGAUUAAUUAAAAUUAAUGUGAACUUUGUGAUCGCUACUAACUAAAUUUAAAAUUGUUGGAACAAUACUGUUUGUUUCUGACAAGUAGACUUGAAAAUCUAAUCUUUACGCUCGUUUUUUUAGUUAGGCAUUUAUGGUGGAUGAUAAAUUUACGGAGCACAUUCUGAUGUGUUACGGACCACCGGUUGGGAACCACUACUUUAAAUAAAUAAAACAAAAAUUUCAGUCGAGUUAAUUUUUUUAAAUCGGCCCUUAAUUAAAUAAAUAAUACUGACAAUUAAACAUAAUGGACUUUAUCUAUUUGUUCAGCUUGACUUAUUUUAUAGGCGGCUAGUGUUUUUUAUACUUUUUUUGUAUAAUUAACAUGAAAACACUUAGUAUGACACCUAAACACAAUAAAAUAUACAAAAAAGAAUCAAGUUAUAAAAUUAAGCAAGAACUGCUUUUGAAAUCUUCUUUGCUUUAUAUUUUCAGUUGUCAUUAAAAAAAAUUAAGAAAAAAUUAAGAAAUUAGGAAUGAAUAAGAUUAAGAAUUAAGAAAUGUCGUUGUGGUGUCAGAAUGUAGUACUUAAAAAAUAAAAUCCGAGAAUUCUUUUGAAAAAGGACUUAUAAGCGUAACAAUGUGAGUUACUUUUGGUUCAGUCUGUGUACAUCACAGGAUGAUGAUUUUUUCCCAUAUGACAGCAAAUUAAAAGAAUUUUUGGGACGGUACCAAAAAUAAGAAAAAAGAUGCCGUUAGUAGUUGUGCCGUUAUUGACUGAUAUUUGCUUCACUUGUAACUUUCUAUCAAAAAAUUUUCUAAAUCGAAACUUAUGUAUAUCUGGAAUGACAAUGACAUACAAUAAAUAGUGAAAAGUACUCUGCGGACCAUUUUGAAUCCAAUACAUUCCCAGCAUUUUUAAAAAUAUAGAACGGAAUGCAAUUUUAAAAUUUGUAAUAGUUUUUUCAGAACUAUUUUAUUCAUUAAUUUUCUCAGCUUACUACAAUAAUUUUGUCCAACGUUCCUGCUUUUUUAACAAGCAAUUAGUGAACUACAGAGUUAAAUUUAAAUUAAAUUAAAACACACAAUUUUUGUAUACAAAAAAAAACAUAACUCAUAUUUCUUUUGAUAUGAUAUUGUUAAAAGAAAGGCACGUUCCCAAAAUAAUCUUUCCAAAAAUGUAAUGUAUACAGGAGAGGUUAACAAUGUGGUUUUCGAGUUAUCUACUAAUUAUCCACUUUUUAUUUUCUAGAAUACAUUUGUAUUCAUUUAUCCCUUAUCUUUUGUUUAUAUGUGCAUACAUUUUUUUAAUUGUUGAGAAUUUUCCCUUUAUUAGUCAUUAGUACUCAUUACAUACAAAGUCAAAUACCCGAAAAAUACUUUACGCAUGAUUAGUUUUAAUAAGUGAUUCGAUAUCCACAACAUGAUUGUCAAAAAUAUUAUCUUCUUCGUUUUUUUAUCCCCAGCACUUUGCAAAAACGAUAUUUCUGACGAUUUGGGCAACAAUGUUGUAAAUGUAACUGAACUAAAUUCUUUAAUUACGUCCAAACUGGGUGUUUCAAAUGAAACUAAGGUUGUGGUUCUUAAAAUGUUGGAUGCUUGGAGCAAAAUACCGAGCGGUAUACUAGAAGGCCAUUUGAUCGAUUUGGGAAGCUUUGACGAAUGUUACGACAUUAACUAUAACAAUAUCUAUGGAAAGUACUGUCUUGGUACUCUACCAUUUAGCACAAUAUUUGAGUAUUUGAAACAGUUUCUAAACUACUCAAAACCCAUGCCUCGACUUUUUUCACACCCUGCUGGCAAGUUGAUUGGUGUAGGUGGCGAAAAUGCAGGAAUGCAUUUUGCAGCGUGUGUUCCAAGCAAUAUGUCCGUUGAAGAAAUACCAGGACCGGUUAAAUUUAACGAAGAUUUUUGCUACUCAAAAGCCACCAAACCGGAAUUAUCAACAGGAACUAUUGUGACCAUAAUCAUCUUAGUAGUUUUUUUGUGUCUGGUGGUUGUGUCAACUAGUUAUGAUAUUGUCCUCCACUUUCACAAAAAAAAGCCACAUAGUGAAUUAUUUAUUGCGUUUUCGUUUCUUCACAACGGUCGAAAACUUUUCAGUUCUAGUAAAAAUUCAAACCAGUUACUUUGUCUCAACGGAAUCAAAGCAUUAAGUAUGAUGUGGAUUAUUAUUGGACACGAGUAUUCAAAUGCCGGAAAUGCACCAUGGUCUAAUUUCCUGAGUUUGCAAGAUUGGCAGAAUAAUCCAGCUCAUAUGAUAAUAAUUGAAACCACAAUGUCCGUUGAUACUUUUCUUGUAGUUGGAGGACUUGUAACAGUUUACACGUUUCUGAAUUCAAUGGACAAAGGAGUAAAAUUCAAUAUUGUACUGUUCUACGUACAUAGAUAUCUCCGGCUCACUCCUGUGUACUUCAUUGUGGGUCUAAUCCACGUUUUUCUUCUUGAUUACAUUGGAAAUGGGCCUUUGUGGAAAAUUGUCGAUUUAAAACUAGUUGACAAUUGCCGAAAAAGGUGGUGGACUAGUCUAUUGUUUAUAUCAAAUUAUGUACAAAACGAAGUUUGUCUACCACAAGCUUGGUACUUAUCAGUUGAUAUGCAAUUGUUUGUUCUGUCCCCUUUGGUUCUUAUUCCUUUGCUCAAGAAGCCCAAAAUUGGUUUAAGUUUUUUAACUUUGUUAACAAUUGCUGGAUGUUUGGUGCCUUUUGUUAUUGGUUUUGUAAACAAUUUGGGAGGAACAAUGAUAAAUCAACAAAACGAUGAUUACAUAAAUUUAUUUUACAAACAAACCUAUGCACGAUUUGGGCCUUAUGUGAUCGGAAUGCUUGCUGGUUACUACAUCUACAAGGUUAAGAAAAAUGAGAUAAAGAUCCGUCUAAGAUGGUGGUUAGUCCUCGUGUGUUGGAUGGUACUUGUGGCACUUCUAGUAGCGUGUGUGUAUGAUGGUUACCCAUUAACAGUAGCCAAAGAGAAGGAAAUAUGGUCAAAUUCCUUAUACCUAGCUUUAAAUAAACCAUUAUGGGCUGUGGCAGUUGCAACAGUGAUUUUUUUGUGUGUGUCUGGCUAUGGUGGACCUAUCGAUACUUUUCUCUCAUUACCAAUUUUCCAAUUCUUGACCAAACUGUCCUAUUCCAUGUAUCUGGUUCACUAUUCGGUCAUUGUAGUUAGAUAUGCAAUUUUGCGAAACAAUGAAAAAUUUUCCAAUCUGACUUUGGUAAGUUUUCGUAUCCAAGUAUUGUUUGAUAGGUGUUGUUUUCAGAUGCAUGUGUUUUGGGGGGACUUCAUGUUUACUUUAGGUUUGUCUCUAAUUCUGUGCUUAACUUUCGAAUCUCCGAUAAUAAUUCUGGAAAAGUAUCUCUUUCAAGCUCGUGGAAAACCCAAAAGAAAUACUGUAAAACAGUAAUAAUUAGUUACGCACAAUAUUCCAACACAUAAUAAUAAGAAACAAUUUUACAUUUAUAGUAUUAAUUUAUAGCAAAUAAAUAUAUCA